GAUCGUCCGAUGUUUCGUAACCAAUCAGCGGUCGAGUUUUCAAAAUGUUCUGAUCGCCGUUUCCACGGCGAUAACGGUCGUUCAAGAAAAGGCGGGAAAACCCGCGCGCUAGACGAUUUUUAUUCCCGACACUUUUCAUUCAUUAUUUGUACAGAAUGGAAUAUUUUACAUUUUUCAGAGCAUUAUAUCUAGAUGCAGAUAUUUUCCUUCUUGAUGAUCCACUGAGUGCUGUUGAUGUUCCAGUAGCAAAAGAAAUAUUCGAAAAGUGUAUAAUAGAAUACUUGAAAGACAAAAUUUGCAUUUUAGUUACACACCAAAUACAAUUUUUAAAUUUUGCAACUAAGAUUUUAGUGUUAAACAAGGGAAGAUGUGAAGCUAUCGGUAACUAUAAUGAAUUAAAAUACUCAGGAGAAUAUUUGGGAAUUAAAUUAGAGAAAAAUACCUCAGAGCAAAACAUGGAACUACCAAACGCAAACUUCACUAUUAAUGAAGAAGAAACCUUUUAUAAUAAACAAGUCGGCACGCUUUAUGAUAAUUACGAUAUCAUUAAUAAUGACGUCGUAAGUAAUUGCUGUUAA